AUGCUAACAUCAACGGCCAUUAAUGCCCCCACCAACACUGUCGCCAGAGUCUCAGAGAGCCUCUCGACGUUUGAUCCGGCCCUCUUUUCGAUCAUUCAAGCGGAGCGCAUCAACCAAAACCGAUGCUGCUCUCUGAUUGCUUCAGAGAACUAUACUCCCAAGUAUUGUAACGAUGCCUUGAGUAGUUGUCUGUCGAUGAAGUAUAGUGAGGGGUACCCCGGAGACCGGUACUACGCUGGAAACCAGUUCAUAGACCAGAUUGAGAGAUUAUGCCAAAAUCGCGCGUUGGAGGCUUUCAAUCUGGACAAGAAGGUCUGGGGAGUGAACGUCCAAUCUCUGUCUGGAACUCCGGCUAAUUUUGCUGUGUAUACCGCAUUACUAAGUCCGGGGUCCCGGAUUCUGUACCUCGAUUUGCCGCAUGGGGGACAUUUAUCCCAUGGGUUUGGCCAGGGACGAGUGAGCGCCACUGGACGCUAUUUCGACUGCGCGCCAUAUGCGCUCGAUCCGAAGACGGAGCUAAUCGAUUACGACGUGCUCGCGAAAAAAGCGAAAGAGUUUAAGCCUCAUUUGAUUGUUGCGGGGUACUCGGCUUAUCCUAGACUUUUGGACUAUGCCCGGUUCCGCGAGAUAGCGGACUCCGUGGGUGCAAUUUUGCACGCGGAUAUCGCCCACAUUGCAGGUAUGAUGAGUGCGGGCAUCAUUCCAUCAGCCUUUCCCUAUUGUGACGUGGUGACGACAACAACCCAUAAGACUCUGAGAGGGCCCCGGGGAGCACUUAUCUUUACGAGGAAGCCUUUGGACAAAGCUGUGGACAAGGCUGUUUUCCCUGGUUGCCAAGGCGGCCCUCAUAAUCACACCAUUGCGGCCAUUGCUGCCGCUAUGAAAGCUUGUAAGGACCCGGAGUUUGUGCAGUACCAGAAGCUGGUGCUUAGCAAUGCUCAAGCUCUAGCCGAGACUUUGCGAACCCGACAACUCAGACUCGUAACCGGUGGAACCGACAACCACUUACUGCUAGCUGAUCUCGGGAACAAGGGCGUCAGCGGCAACCAAGCCGAAAAGGCUCUGGAGACUGUCCACAUUAUCACGAAUAAGAAUAGCACACUUCGAGACAAGGGUGCCAAAAAUCCCAACGGUCUUCGAAUCGGAACGCCGGCCAUGACCACCAGAGGCAUGGAGGAGAAAGGCUUCAAGACAAUCGGCAACUUACUCUGCGAUGCACUCGAAGUCUCAGCCAAGUACUCGGGAAGCAAACUCCCCAAAUUCGUCGAGAAAUGCCAGAACGACCCGACUUUGCUGCGCAUCAGACAGGAGGUGACCAACCUGCUCCACCACUUCCCAAACGUCAAAUCCACUCUGUGGCAGUAG